CGCCUGCUACCGAGCGCGGCGCCCGGGGCACUGGCUGGAGACCGGGCGAUGGCAGGGCCCGAAGCAUCCUUCGACCCCACCUCGGGUUGGAAGCGCCACAUUGUGCGGCAGCUACAGCAGCGGGACCGCACGCAGAAGGCACUUUUCCUGGAGCUGGUGCCGGCCUAUAAUCAUCUCCUAGAAAAAGCUGAGCUGUUGGCCAAGUUCUCAGAGAAGCUUCAUAAGAAGCCAAAUGAUGUUACUUCUGCCACCCAUCAGAGCUUCUGGGAGGAGUCAGGGCCUGACUCAGACCAAAGCUCACCACCAGGCACUCUGAGGGUGAAGUGGCAGGAGGAGGAGGAGGAGGGGCUCCGCUUGGACUGUGGUGAGAUGGCCUACCAGGUGGUGAAGAAGAGUGCAGCCUUGGAUGCCCUGCAGUCGGAGCUGGAGGAGCGGCAAAGCAGGCUGGCGGCUGUGGAGGCCCGCGUGGCGCAGCUGCGGGAGGCGAGGGCGCAGCAGGUCAGCCUCGUAGAGGAGCUACAGAAGCAGAAUGCGGCGCAGCGGAAGGCCUACGAGGUGCUGCGCGUGCACACUGGGCACCAAGAGGCGGCACUGCGCAGGCUCCAGGAGGAGGCGCUCAAUCUGCUGGAGCAGCUCUUGCAACGCAAGGAGCGCGCCGCAGCGGAGUGCAACUUGCGCAACGAGCGCCGAGAGCGGGCCAAUCAGGCGCGGGUGUCCCAGGAACUAAAGAAGGCUGCCAAACGGACUGUGAGCAUCAGCGAGAUUCCACACACUCUACAUGAUGGGAUCAGAGAUCAGACAGAGACUCUGGCUCUGGCUAUUAAGUCUGAGUCCCUGGAGAGUGAGGCUUGUGGGAAGUGGAAAAGGCCUUUCAGGUCUGCCUCAGCCACCUCUCUGACUCUGUCCCACUGUGUGGAUGUGGUGAAGGGGCUGCUAGAUUUCAAGAAGAGGAGAGGUCACUCAAUUGGGGGUGCCCCUGAGCAGCGAUACCAGAGCAUCCCUGUGUGUGUGGCUGCCCGACUUCCUACUUGGGCUCAAGAUGUCCUGGAUGCCCACCUUUCUGAGGUCAAUGCUGUAUGUUUUGGCCCUAACAGCAGUCUCCUGGCCACUGGUGGGGCUGACUGUCUUAUCCACCUCUGGAAUGUGGUGGGAGGUCGUCUGGAGGCCAACCAGACCCUUGAGGGAGCUGGUGGCAGCAUCACCAGUGUGGACUUCGACCCCUCGGGCUCCCAGGUUUUGGCAGCUACUUACAAUCAGGCUGCCCAGCUCUGGAAGGUGGGAGAGGCACGGUCCAAGGAAACACUGUCUGGACACAAGGACAAGGUGACAGCUGCCAAAUUCAAGCUAACAAGACACCAGGCGGUGACUGGGAGCAGAGACCGGACAGUGAAGGAGUGGGACCUUGGCCGUGCCUACUGUUCCAGAACUAUCAAUGUCCUUUCCUAUUGUAACGACGUGGUGUGCGGGGACCACAUCAUCAUUAGUGGCCACAAUGACCAGAAGAUCCGGUUCUGGGAUAGCAGAGAUUGGACCCAGUGGUUCACUACCACUGAGCUACAUCUCCAACCCUUCUUACUUUUUAUUUUGAGACUGAGUGUUGCUAAGUUGCCCAGGCUGGGAUCUUCCUGCCACAGGCUCCUGUGUAGCUGCAGUUAUAGGGGUCCCCGCUGCACCCAGGUCAUUCCUGUGCAGGGCCGGGUCACCUCCCUGAGCCUCAGCCAUGACCAGCUGCACCUGCUCAUCUGCUCCAGAGAUAAUACACUCAAGGUCAUUGACCUCCGGGUCAGCAAUAUCCGCCAGGUGUUCAGGGCUGAUGGCUUCAAAUGUGGUUCUGACUGGACCAAAGCUGUGUUCAGCCCUGACAGAAGCUAUGCACUGGCAGGCUCCUCAAAUGGAGCCCUUUUCAUCUGGGAUGUUGACACUGGGAAACUGGAGAGCAGCCUUCAGGGCCCCCACUGUGCUGCUAUCAACGCUGUGGCCUGGUGCUGCUCCGGGAGCCACGUGGUGAGCGUGGACCAGGGCAGGAAGGUUGUGCUCUGGCGCUAGGACUACGCCCCCAACAGCCUGGGCUGGAGAACAGCUUCCCUCCGCUUCACAGGGCUCCAGAGCCCACAGGAUGGGGAUGGCUUCCAGAUUUAAUGGGGAAGAAGGCCCAGAAGGACUUGGCGUGUUUGUUUAAAAACAGUGUUCUUGUUUUAAAAAGUCUUUUUAAAAUAUGUA